CACCGAUGGACUAUAGAGAGGAAAAAAAAAAAAACAGCACACAAGUGGUUUAUGGAAGUUGUCUGCAUGCAUUCAAGGCACAAGCAAAGCCAGCUGGCUAGGAUACUACAACUUGUGACAGCUAAACCAUUACAGGUUCCAACAGCAGCUCUGGGGCUGAGAUGAAGCUCUCUGCAUUUACUCCCAGGACUCAAGAGAAGAAAGAGAGCUGGGAAACUCUGCAUCUCACUUAGGUCCUUGUGAUACACAGAGAAAGCUAUGCAAGCAACAGAGGAGGAAUUCUGAGACACGCAGAGCUCUCGUCUUCUUCGCCUGCCUCAUUGUUCUGCAUGUAACAUAGACACGGACUUAAAAGAAUUUUAGGCACCAGACUCCCCCUGUUUAGGAUGGACACGACACUUUGGAACCUUGGACUGAUGCUUUUUUUAGUGGUACCCACAGGCCUCUGUUCAAAUAGUGAUACCAAAAGUAGAAGACAGACAUUAACUAGGAUUGCUCGUUCUACUGAUGAAGUAGAUGAUGGAAAACGGUGCGGUUAUACCUUCUUGGUGCCUCAACAGAAAGUCACGGGACCCAUAUGUGUCCUUACAAAAGGAUCUGGCCCAAAUAAGGAGUUGGUGACUAGGAUGGAUUUAGAGAAUGUAAAAGAUGUUUUGGCUAAACAGAGGCGGGACAUGGAAAUGCUUCAAGUGGUUGUGGCCGUUGAUGGGAAUAUAGUAAAUGAAGUGAAGCUGCUAAGAAAGGAGAGUCGCAACAUGAACUCCCGCGUGACACAACUUUAUAUGCAGCUCUUGCAUGAAAUUAUCCGCAAAAGAGACAAUGCUCUUGAAGUUUCUCAGCUGGAGACAAAGAUCCUUAAUGUAACAUCAGAAAUGCUCCGAGCAGCUACUCGUUACAAAGAGCUGGAACUGAAAUAUGCAUCAUUGGUAGAUGUUGUUAAUAAUCAGUCAUCUGUUAUUGCACUGCUGGAAGAACAAUGCAUGAAAGUUUUCUCCAGGAGGGACAGCCCAGGCUCACCACCUUUAGUGCAAGUUGUUCCCCAGCACUACCCCCAGAUCCACCAGUACACACCUGGGCUUGGGGGUGGUAAUGAAAUUCAGAGGGACACUGGAUACCCAAGAGUCAGAGACAGCAGACAGCCACCACAAGCCCCGACAAGCAGCCCAUUCAGGAUCCCUCCAGUAACAAUCAUUGAUGAAGGCCCAUUUAGAGACUGCCAGCAUGCCAAAGAAUCAGGAUUUUCCAGCAGUGGAAUUUAUUUGAUAAAACCAGACAAUGCCAACAGUCCUAUGCAGCUUUGGUGUGAGAACAGUUUGGAUCCAGGUGGAUGGGCAGUCAUACAGAGAAGAACUGAUGGAUCAGCAAACUUUUUUAGGAACUGGGAAACAUAUAAGAAAGGUUUUGGGAACAUUGAUGCAGAGUACUGGCUGGGACUGGAGAACAUCUACCAGUUGACUAACCAAGACAAUUACAGGCUUCUGAUAGAGCUGGAAGACUGGAGCAAUAAGAAAGUGUAUGCAGAAUACAGUAGUUUCCGACUGGAGCCAGAGAGUGAAUUCUACAAACUUCGUCUGGGAACAUAUCAGGGCAAUGCAGGAGACUCCAUGGUCUGGCACAAUGGCAAGCAGUUCACCACUUUGGACAGGGACAAAGACAUGUACUCAGGUAACUGUGCUCAUUUUCAUAAAGGAGGAUGGUGGUACAACGCUUGCGCCCAUGCCAAUCUCAAUGGAGUGUGGUACAGAGGAGGGCAUUAUCGUAGCAAACAUCAAGAUGGCAUUUACUGGGCCGAGUACAGAGGAGGAUCCUAUUCCCUCAAAGCAGUCCAGAUGCUGAUCCGGCCCAUUGACUGAUACAUCCAUUACAAUAAACAGAAGCACAGACACCAAUUAUAUAGUGGAAUUAAAACAAUACUUUAUUUUUGA